AUUUCUAGGACAAGAUGUUGAUAAAUAUAAAGAGCAUCUUGUGGAUGUGUUCUACCUUAAUAGCAACCCAUGCGCUGCAAAAUGUUAAAGUGGAAAAAGUCCACCUGUUAAGGGUUUCCUCUCUGGAAAAGUGAACCUACCUUGUCAUUUUUCAACCAUGCCUACCUUACCACCUGGUUAUAACACCACCAGUGAAUCUCUCCGAAUCAAGUGGUCUAAGAUGGAAGUGGAUAAAAAUGGAAAAGAUUUAAAGGAGACUACUGUUCUUGUGGCCCAAGAUGGGAAUAUCAAGAUCGGGCAAGGUUUCAAAGGGAGAGUGUCAGUGCCUACACACCCUGAGGCUGUGGGGGACGCCUCACUCACUAUGGUCAAAGUGCGUGCGAGUGACGCAGGGCUCUACCGCUGUGACGUCAUGUAUGGGAUUGAAGACACACAAGACACAGUAUCAUUGGCUGUGGAAGGGGUUGUGUUUCACUACCGGGCAUCCACCAGCAGGUACACGCUGACCUUUGAGACUGCGCAGAAGGCUUGUAUGGAUGUUGGGGCAGUCAUAGCAACCCCAGAACAGCUCUUUGCUGCCUACGAAGAUGGAUUUGAGCAGUGUGAUGCAGGCUGGCUAUCCGAUCGGAGCGUUAGAUACCCUAUCCGGGCUCCCAGAGUAGGCUGUUAUGGAGAUAUGAUGGGGAAGCAAGGAGUCAGGACCUAUGGCUACCGUUCUCCUCAUGAAACUUAUGACGUGUACUGCUAUGUGGACCAUCUGGAUGGUAAGAUGUUCAGACUGUUCAGAUGUUUAUAUGUUCAGAUGUUUAGACUGUAGCUGUAGCUUUACUGGGACUAAGAACUUUUGGGAAAGACUGAGGGCAUGCUGGGAGAGAGCAAGUGUUCAUGCUUGUGUGGAUUCCAAGCAGCAACAUUUAGUUUAAAUGACCAUAUGAUUCAGUGGUGAAAUAAGCUUAAAUUAAAGUGGAAAGAGAAGGAGGAGUGUGUAAGUGGUUAUGCAGGUUGGAAAUGUCUUUAGUUAAUGGUAGGUUUCCUUUCAGUUAUGCUGCUAUUGGCUCGUACCCAAUACGCUUUUAGAGCCUUCAGAAUAGAAAGCUGUAAGGGUGGUACCUAUUCUUGUGAGAAGUCAGGUAAAUAUCCUAUGAUAACAAACCACUAUGAAUCUAAGUGCUGAUAAACACCACAAAGUACAACUAAAUAAUGGAAACUAGCACAGGAGGAUUUUCAUGUUUUACUUCUUGUGUUUACUUUGACACACUAAUAUUCUGAGCAAUUAUUCUCCUAACCAAUAUUUGUAUGUUAAAUAUAGCAAUAGUUGUCAAAGUCCUUUAGGUAUUUAAAAAACAUAUGGCAUAAUCAUUUCUCACUCAAGUUAUAGGUUCU